CCGGCGUUUCUUAAUCUCCGGCAUCAAUGGCCAUGCUCUCGCAUCGUCUCCGGCGAGUUCUUGUCGCCGUACCUUCCUAUUUCCAACGAUCAUUCUCUCUAUCUCGAACCUCCGAUUUCCCUUCAGUGUCAUCUCUGUUACCGCGAACCGUGGUGAGACAACCGACGGAAUUUUGUCGAUCUCCGGCGAGGCUAUUCUCGACGAAUCAAUAUCAGUACGACCCUUUCACUGGAGAAGAUUCCUUCACGCCCGAUAACGAAGGAUGCGAUUUUAACCAUUGGCUAAUCACAAUGGAUUUCCCCAAGGAAAAAUUUCCGUCUAGAGAGGAAAUGAUUUCGAUCUUCGAGCAGACAUGUGCUAAAGGGCUUGGUAUAAGCUUGGAAGAAGCUAAGAAGAAAAUCUAUGCUAUUUGCACAACUAGUUACCAAGGUUUUCAAGCAACCAUGACGAUAGCAGAAGUUGAAAAAUUUAGAGAUUUGCCUGGGGUUCAAUACAUAAUUCCUGAUUCUUAUGUUGACGUAGAGAACAAAGUGUAUGGAGGAGACAAAUACGAGAAUGGAGUGAUCACGCCUGGGCCAAUUCCUGUCCCAACUAGAGAAGGAUUUGAUUCUCUAGAGAAGAAGGAUACGCCGGGACAAGAGCAAGCUCAAAGAAGCCAACCACCUUCCGAUGAGGGCACAACCUCAACACAAGUACAAGAUCAAGGAAGUCAAAUGCCUCUAGAUCAGAGGAGCUUCGGACAAGGGCAAGGAACUCUGGCUCCAAGACAAGGGCAAAGUCAGGGAAGUCUAAUGCCAAUCUCAGGUCAAGGAAGUCAAAUGCCAACCUUGAGGCAAGGGCAAGGUCGUGGUCAACAAAGUCAAAUGCCUUCAUUUCGAGGGAGUUUCAACCAAAGCCAAGGAACUCUGUCCCUAGGACAAAGACAAGGUCAAGGAAAUGAAAUGCCUUCAUUUCAGAGGAGUUUCAAGCAAGGCCAAGGAACUUCGUCCAUAGGACAAGUGCAAAGUCAAGAAAGUCAAAGGCCUUCAUUACAACAGGGUUACAACCAAAGUCAGGUAACACCACUCCAUGGACAAGGAAGUCGAAUUCCUUCCUAUCAGAUGGGUUACAGCCAAGGGCAGGGAGCUCAGACGCCUCCAUGCCAAGGAUUACCAAGUAAUUAUGGUCAAGGAGCAUUGACUAACUACAGCCAAGGGGCAUCACAGGGAACCUUUAUCCAAGGGACACAAGAAAAUUACAACCAAACGGGCAUAGGGAAUUACACUCCGCAGAGUGGUGGAAAUUAUGGUCCUGCACAAGGAGCAGGAGGUCCAGAAUUUGGCCAUGGGUAUCCUGGAAACGGGCAAGGUCAUGGAGGUCCAUUAGUGUCUCCAUAUCAAUUAGUGUCUCCAUAUCAGGGGAGUUACAACCAAGGUCAGGGAACUUCAAUGCCAGGGCAAGGUCAAGGAAGUCAAGUACCUUCCUAUCAGAUGGGUUACAGCCAAGGUGUGGGAGCUCCGGUGCCUCCAUACCAAGUAAACUACAACCAAGGAACACUAGGCAACUAUGGUCAAUGGGCAUUUGUGAACUACGACCAAGGGCCACCACAUGGUAACUUUUUCCAAGGACCACAACAAAAUUACAACCAAGGUGGUCAAUGGAAUUUCAGUCCACCGAAUGGUGGAAACUAUGGUCCUCCACAGUUUGGAAAUCAAAUGCCUCAAUAUCAGUUGGGUUACAAUCAAGGCCAAGGAGCUCCGUAUCCUGUACAAUGGCGAUGUCAAGGAUGUGGAAUGCUUUCAUAUCAGGGUAGUUACAAUCAAGGCCAAGUAACACCAAGUCCUGGACAAUGGCAAGGUCAAGGAUGUGCAAUGCCUUCAUAUCAGGCGAGUUAUAGCCACGGCCAAGGAGCAUCGGUGCCUCACCAAGGAAAUUUCAAUCAUGAAAUACAAAGCAGUUACGGUCUAGGGACAUCUGCAAACUUCAACCAAUGGACUCCAGUGAACUAUAACCAAACGGGGCAAGGGAAUUACAAUCUACAAAGUGGUGGAAACUAUGGACCUACACAUGGAUCAGCAAGGUUUCCUGGACAAGGAGAGAAUCAAACAUUUCAACAAGAGAAUCAGAGAAACGUAGCAGGUGACUGGAGGAACAACAGUAAUCCUACAGACCCAACAAAAAUUCCGCGUUGAAUAAGACACGGCCAGAGGAAUGAAGGAAAUGUGAAACUUGCAGGUGAUCACGAACCCUUCUGCUUAGAGCGGCGAUCGAUGAGAAAACAAAAUUCUAGAAUUAAAAAAAGUUGCAUUGGGCCUAACCACCAGUGCAGAUUUUGGCUAGUGUUUGGCGGUACGAGUAAGUAGCUCAUGUUCACAACCCAACUAGCAGGCGUUUUAUCUGUAGCCGUCAAGCAUUAUUUGCCAUUGCGAACUCAGGCUGUAGCUUCUGAUUUAUCUCUUCAGAAACCCAUGAUGUACCUAAAAAAGACGUAAAGACUAACAAAAUAUUUGUCUUUUAU